CUGUCCCUGCUUCUACGUUUUCCUUCCUUUUUCGUCCUAUCUCUCUCUCGUUGUCCCUCUCUCUUAACCGAUGGUUCGAUGGCUAUCAGAAAGACUGAGUUAAAACCAUGUAACUGUUAGAAUCUGACAUGGGUGUGUCCACUGUUUCAUAUUGAAAACAUUAUUAAUGGAGGAGAGUUAAAGAAGGAGAGACUGGGAGAACUUGGGAUCCAGGAUAAGAGCAACGGAUAGAAGUCUUUCUGUGUGUUUUAAUUUUAAUUUUUGCCUUUUUUUCAUAUGCUGAAGAAGAGGGAGAGAGGUGGCUCCAAGAGAGAGCGGAAGCGAUGAUGGCGUUUGCUGGCAGGAGAAGGAGAAAAAAAAAGUUUCCGUAUUGCUCGUUGCCCGUCGUACACAAUGCGCACAAACAGCACAAGAUACUAUGAUCAGCUGUGUGCUGUCGAGCCCAAGUUUCCCUUCUCCGAAAACCAGCUCUGCUUAACGUUCACAUGGAGUGACGCCUUUGAUAAAGGGUCGCUGUUCAGCAGCUCUGUCAAGCUCGCUUUGGCCAGUUUGGGUUAUGAGAAGACGUGCGUGUUGUUUAAUGUGGCUGCGUUGGCCAGCCAGGUCGCCUCAGAGCAGAACCUGGACAAUGACGAGGGCCUAAAGACUGCAGCUAAAUACUAUCAGCUGGCGAGUGGAGCGUUUGGUCACAUCAAGGACACAGUGCUGAGUGCUCUCAACAGGGAUCCCACCAUGGACAUCUCCCCUGAGAUCGUGGGCACCCUGAGCCUCAUUAUGCUGGCUCAGGCCCAGGAGGUCUUUUUCCUUAAAGCUACUUCAGACAGGAUGAAAGCUGCUCUUAUCGCUAAGCUGGCCAAUCAGGCUGCAGAUUUCUAUGGUGACGCCUUUAAACAGUGUCAGCACAAAGAGAACCUUCCCAAGUAUUUUUAUUUUCAGGAAGCGAUGCCCAUCCUGGCAGCCAAGCACUGCAUCAUGCAGGCUAACGCUGAGUUCCACCAGAGCAUCAUGGCCAAGCAGAAAAAGUGUUUUGGAGAAGAGAUUGCUCGCUUGCAGCACGCUGCGGAGCUGGUAAAAACUGUGGCCUCUCGUUACGAUGAAUACAUAAGUGUGAAGGAACUCACUGACAAAAUCAACCGGGCUCUCACUGUGGCCAAAAAAGACAACGACUUCAUCUACAAUGACCGCGUUCCUGAGGUCAAGGACUUGGAGCACAUCGGCAAAGCAGCGCUGGUUAAAUCCACUCCUAUCACACCUCCACUCAGCCAGAAAUUCACAGACUUGUUUGAGAAGAUGGUUCCCAUGGCGGUGCAGCAGUCCAUGAGCAUUUACACCCAGAGGAAGGCUGAGACCGUUAACAGACUGGUGGGAGCCAUGAGGGAGGCCACCAAUCUCUGCAAUGGGGUGUUGGCGUCCCUGAACCUGCCGGCUGCGCUGGAGGAUCUGUCCGGUGACUCAAUCCCACAAUCCAUUGCUGAAAAGUCCAGAUCCAUUGUGCAGCACGGGGGCCUGCAGAGUAUUGAACAGCUGAUCAAAGACCUGCCUGAGCUCCUGACUCGCAACAGAGAGGUCCUGGACGAGUCUCUGAGGAUUCUGGAUGCUGAAGAAAAAACAGAUAAUGAGCUGAGAACCAAGUUCAACCAACGCUGGAACAGAACUCCCUCCGGAGACCUGUACAAGCCUCUUCGUGCAGAGGGUACUAACUUCCGCAACAUCCUGGACAAGGCUGUGCAGGCCGAUCAGGUGGUCCGGGACCGUUACGGCACUCACUGUGACAUGAUCGCCCUGCUGUGUAAGUCAGAGGACGAGCUGAAUGCUGCCAUCCCCUCCGCCAACCCGACCAAGACACUGCAGGGCAGCGAGGUGGUGAACGUGCUGCGCUCACUGCUGGCUAAACUGGACGAGAUGAAGAAGGAGAGGGAGACCCUGGAAGGAGAGAUCAAGGCUGUGACCUUUGACAUGUCCGCCACCUUCUUGACAGCACUAGCCCAGGACGGAGCCAUCAACGAAGAGCAGCUGUCACUUGCUCAGCUCGACCAGCUGUACAGCAGCUACAACCAGAGGGUGCAGGCCUCCCUCCAGACCCAGGAGGAGCUGCUGGGACAGGUUCAGACGUCCCACCAGGACUUCAGCAGUCUGAAGCAGUCCAACACGGAGGCUAACCAGAGGGAGGAGGUCCUGAAGAAGCUGGCCUCGGCCCACGACAGCUACAUCGAGAUCAGCAACAACCUGCGCGAAGGCACCAAGUUCUACAACGACCUGACAGAAAUCCUGUUAAAGUUCCAGAAUAAGUGCAGCGACAUUGUUUUUGCGCGUAAGACGGAGCGGGAUGAACUACUUAAGGACCUGCAGCAGAGCAUCGCCCAGGAGCCCAGCGCUCCGUCCUUCAGCGUUCCUGGAUAUCAGAGCGCUCCAGCCCCUGGACCAACUCCUGCACCCAGAACUGUGUUUCAGCCCGCAGCAGCCCAGCAGCAGCCUCCGGCCAAGGCUCAGCCUCCAGCCAGACCUCCACCUCCCAGCAUCACCCCUCAGGCAGCAGCCACUGCUCCUCCCAACGUAACACCCACUGGUCCACCAACCAACAACCCACCACCUGUGGCCCCACCCUCCCAGGCCCAGGGACCGCCUUACCCAUCUUAUCAGGGCUACCCCGGGUAUUACCAGAUGCCUAUGGGCUACAACCCCUACGCCUUUGGUCAGUACAACAUGCCCAACAUGCCUUACAUGCCCUACCAGGCGACCCCGGGACAGGGAGGAUACCCAGCAGCUCCCCCGGGACAGGGAGGAUACCCAGCAGCUCCCCCUGCAGGACAGUCCUACCCUGGUUACCCCCAGCAGCCUCCACAGCAGCAGCACUACUACCCUCAGCAAUAACUCUGCUCUCCAUCCUCACAGUCCUCUUCUAACACCUUAACACCAAAUUUAAACAAAUACUCCUGCAAUAACACUUUACUUCACCCUCCUUACCUUUAGCCAAGUCUGUUUCUUUUCUUUCUUUUUUGUUUUUUACCAUCAGCAUCUGUGAAAAACCCUAGUGAACGGCGACCUCAGAGCUGCUUUCCACUUCCUCUGAACAUUCUCUCCUCAGCUGCCUCUCUGCCGCACGUCUUGUUUUCUGGAUUCUGACGGCACUUUCGUGAAUUCACUUACCCUCCCUCCACCUUCAGUUGCCUCACGGAGCAUUGUUAUGUUCUGUUGGUUGUUUUUGAGUCAUUUAAACCCUCCCUGGUUUUAGUAGAAAGAAAAACUGACUGUUUGAGGCUUCACUGCUGUAAGAGACGGACACAGUCCCAGGUGGACGGCUCUCCGUCUCCUGGUUGUUGCGUGGGCGGACGAUGGGAGUCAUGCUACAUCCUCACCCCACCCACCCACCCACCCCUCGACUUACCGUACCCAUCUGCCCACUCUUUACAUCUGUAUCAACUGUAAUCCUAUUUUUGUACUGAACACUGACUCCUCGCUGAUGUAUGAACCUAUAAAAGCGAACGGCCUGCAGGUUUUCUAGUGUAGAUCAUAACUGUUGAGCAUUCUGCUUUUUUUUCACCUUUCUUUCUCUCUCAUCUGGGGAAUUGUGGGUAAAUUUCUGUGAUACAAUCAGAGGCUGUACAACUGGGAAAAAUGGAUCCAUUAUAUAAAUAUAUGUAUAAAGAAGAC